UGUGAGGAGGAAGCUUCUGUUAUCCGCAGUGAUGAUGCAUCCUUGAAUCUGGAAGGAAGGAUUGCCGCGAGAAGAGCAAGAUGGAGCACCCACAAGAGAAGACUCGAGCAGCAGGCGGCCAGGGAGCCUCGACAGCCAAGGAGAAGGGCACCAAGCGAGGCAACAGGCAGGCUGUCGCUGACCAGCUGUUCGAGUGCCUGCAAAGGGGCGAUGUGGUGCAACUCGAGAAGCUGCUGGCGCAGCUGCCUGCCAAAGAUCCCGCCGUCAACAUGAUGGUGGGUGAGCAGAGAGGAGAGCAUCCAUCCAUCGGCAGCCAAUCGCAACAAAACAAGAAAGAUCCCCAACCCAUCAUACCGAUUGAUUGAUUCCUUGUGUGCGUGUGUGUCUGUCUGGCAACUGACUGACUGACAGGAUGCGUCGUUCAAGACGCCACUGAUACGUGCGGUUCUUGCGCGGGACUUCAGGGCCUUCCUGCUACUCCUGCGUGCGGGCGGCGACCCGUUCGCCCAUGACGGUGAUGGCCAGGCGCUGAUGGACCACUUGCUGCCCACUCUGCCGGCAGCCGACAGCAAGGAGGGCUACCUGGUGUCGUUCGGCAAGGCGUCAAACUACCUGUUGGGGUACCCGACAGCCGCUAUCGAUGUCACCGUCCCAAAGGUCGUCACGUUGGCCCUUCCUCCACAUGGUCAGGGAAGGAGGGAACGAGGGAGGGAGGGAGCCUGGACUGCCCUUCAUUAAAACCCAUCCAUCCAUCCAUCCACUCGUUCUUCCCGUUGUGUAUGUUGUCAUCCAUCCAUCCAUCCAUCCACGAUUCCAUCAGGUGGUGGCAGUGCGUCGUCGUCAUCGGCCUCCGGUUCCGCCCACCGUCACCGCUCACAUGUCAAGGUGGCCCACAUGAGCUGCGGCAAGUACCACAGCGCGGUCGUCACCAGCUGCGGCCGUGUCUUCGUGUGGGGGCUCGGGGGCCAAGGCCGACUCGGAGUGGGGCACUCGAGUGCUGUCCUGGAACCAAAGGCACUCAACACAUUCGGGCCGCCCACAGAGAGGAGGGCAGUGCAGGUAAUUAUGAGGCUGGCUGGGCAAUGUUGGUGUGUUCGUUCCUUAGCAGGGAGGCAGGCAAGGCGACGUGUGUGUGUGUGUGUGUUUGGAUGGAUGUGUGUGUGUGUGCAGUUGAGUGUGGGUGAGGACCACUCGAUGGUGCUCGCCCAGGACGUGCGCGGCUCUUACACAAACGUCUACACAUGGUAUGGUACCCACCACCGGCAGGCAGGCAGGCAAAUGCAGACACCCCACGACAUUCAUCCGCGGCGGUGUCUGUCAUUCAUUUCAUGAAUAGGGGGUCCAAUGGCUACCACCAGCUCGGUUAUUCGACGCCCGGCAGCAAGGGAUGCGCUAGCGACGACGGGGGGGUGGUGUGGCUGCCCAGCAAGGUGCGAGCACUCAGGACUCUGGUCGUCCUCAGCGUCGCAGCCGGCAACCAACACAGCCUCGCGCUCACCAGCGACGGCCGCAUGUUUGCAUGGGGCUCCAAUGCGCGCGGCCAGUGUGGGCUUGGUGCGGAAUUCCCGUCGAUCGAGACGCCUCGCGAGUGCCCCUCCCUGAGCGACACAGUGCGCAAGAUAUUCGCUUUGAAUCUCUUGUCGGCGGCCAUCAAUAAGAAUGGAGGUAGGGAGGGCUGGAAGCAGUUCAGCUGACUGCCUGACAAUUCCUGCCUGUCUGUCUGUCUGAUGUGUCUGUGUGUAUUCAGAUGUGUUUGUGUGGGGUGGCUCCCCCGUGGCGCUGGAGGGAUCGCUUCAGACAUCGUCCCUUCCGGCACACCUGAAGUCGCACAUGGGGUAAUACCACGCACACACACGGAAGAUGAGAAGCGCCGUUUAAGCACCACUCACUGGCCUUUGUGUUUGGGUGUCUGUCGGUUUGUUUGUUUGUUUUCGUUGGUUAGGUUCUUUCUGCCCACAAAGCUUCGGACACCGAAGAACACAUCGCAGAGUGAUGAGGGGGAGGGGCUGAGCCGCAGGCAGAGGUCCAGCAUGGCCGCCCUGCCACCCUUCUCCACCGUGGCCCUCGGCAAACGGGUCGCACUGGGAGCAGCCAUCGAUGGCAGGUCGGUCACAUAUCUCCACCCAUCCAACCAUUCAUCCCUCCCGUCCAUCCAUCCUCUCCUACCUGCCCUGGUCUGUGUGUGAUGUGAAUGUGAUUAUCAGGUUGUUUGCAUGGUCGGUGGUCAGCCGGCCAUGCUACGCCACGGCCGUCCGCUCCCUCCUGCACGUCAAGUCGGUGGCUGUCCAGGCCCAGCAUCUUUUCGCUCUCCGCGACAACGGCAUCCUCUACACCGCCAAGAUACCAGACGUCGGCCUCAGCCCCGCACUCACCCCAGCAACCAAACACCCACCCUCACCCAAAGUCACGGCGACCUCGUCGACGAGUGCUGCUGCUGCUAGUGCUAGUGGCGGGGGUGGUGUGUCUGGCGGGGCACCGGCAGCUAGCGUGCCAGCGGUGGCCACGCCGCCGCACCGCCCGACGCCGGUGCCGAUCGUUUGUGAGUUUCAUCCAUUGAGGACGCUGACGUGUGUGACGAGCAUCGCGUGUGGGCCUCAUCACAUGUUGGCGGUGACCAAUGUGGGCCGGCCAGCGAGGAUUGUCACUGGGUGGGUGCGAACACGUACAGACAGAUGGCAGACAGAGGGACGGACGGACGGACGGACACCUGGCUUGAUAUUGAUUGCGCGGUUGUGUUGUGUUUGUGUUGGUUGAUUGCUCGCAGUGCUAGAUCAGAGGAGGACGAGACGGCGACUGAGCCCAGCAACACAGAUCACGAUGACGACACCGAGUCGGAGACCACCACCAACAGGGCGGCGUCGGAGCACACCAAUUCCGCUGCACUGCACCAGCCACCCUCCCUCAAGCUCCUCUGCGAGGCCAAAGUCGCGCGCAUGAUCACUCUCAGAAACGUGCUCGAAGUCGCGGUAUGUGAUGUGCCACCACACACAUACACACGACUAAAUGUGUGGACGGCUCAGUAAGCAUCUCUCGCUCUCUCUGUGUGUGCGUGUUUUGACGGUCAGGAUUUGGCUGAGACGGUUGGGUGCGAGGCUUUAUUCGACUAUGUGGUUCGUUUCCUGCUGGUCAAUCUGCCCCAGUACCUCUCCUCCCAGUACUCCCACGUCAUGCAGUCGCUGCCUCAGGUGGUGGCGGACGCAGUGCACCUCCAGCUCCAAUACGACCUUCCCCCAUCCACCAUCAUGAGGGACCCCACAUUUUCUGAGCGACUCAGGCGCGCCCAGCGCACAUCGGGUGGUCGGCAAGGGGCAACACACGGCGGCGGGGACACGGCCUCUCCUCCCCCAUUGCUGCGCUCCCCCCCGUUGGGCCAUCGUCGCGACCCGCUGGAUGACUUCUCCCUGGAGGACUCACCCGCCAUUGCCGCUCUGGCCGACCCCCUGACGCUUUCCUCGCCGAAUGGUGGGUCAGGGGAUCUGACGCUGGCGGGCUUGCAGGAGAGCAGGGGAGAGACCCCCCAGCUGCGGACGCAGCCGUCCCCUCUGCAGUCGCCCCACGGCCUCUCGCCACGUGUUGCCGACGGCCGGCUGCAGCCACAGCAGCCCUCUGUCGACCUGUCGGACCAGAUGGCGGUGUUCCGGCGGUAUAGGCGUGUGCAGAAAAAGCUCAAGGAGAUCAGGGGGCUCAUGGAGAGAGGCGGAGUGUCCCCAAAAGUCGGGCCGUCAUCCCCGCCCACAGAAGCACCAGCCGUACCAGAAGCAGAAGGCACCGCUGUUGCUGCUGCAGCAGCUGCUGCAGCGGCAUCGUCGAGUAAGGCGUCUGAGGGCGAGAAGGGGGUUUCCCCUGAGGUGUCGGCCAAGAUCGGGCAGCGGGCGGCUUUAGAGAAGGAGCUGCAGGAGCUGGCCUCCACGCUCCGUGAGGGAUUCGGCUUCGACGUGGGCGAGCACGGCGCCUCCAAGGAGCAGCAGUACCGCAGCCGCACCUCCAAUGGUGCUGCUGCUGAUGUCACCGAGGCCGCCGCCCUGUCGCCGGCCAACGAUGCAUCAUCGCCCGAAAAUGAGGGCGACCACAUAUUACCCCAGAAGGCCGUCAGGCCGCCCAGCCCUUCCCCCGCCCCCCUGCAACGUCCAUCCUGGUCUGCCAUCGCCUCCCUCCCAGCAAGAGACACACCGACAGCAUCGACGGCAAAGAUGAGCUGGCGUCAGGCGCUGUUCGGACAGGGAGAUAAUGCCGCCGACCAGCCGUCGGCUCCGUCAUCGGCCUCACCCAUGUUCCCCGACCUGAGGGACUCGCUGGGCAUCAGCCACUCUGACAGGAGGCUCAGGCCGAUUCCUGAGGAGACGGCGUCACAGCGGGAGACCAGCUCCACCAACGGCCCAGUGGCUGCUCCCGCAGAGAGGGAGGUUGAGCUGGAGGAUAUGCCCACCCCCAGGGUCGAUCCGGCCAAUGCCGUCACACCAUCGCCCGCUGCAUGCCCAUCGCCGCCCGACGAUCUGUCGAUGCAGGAGGACCAGUGGAUCCAAGUGCAGAAGGGCAGCAAAAAGGGCAGUGGCAGUGGCAGUGGGGGUGCAAAGAAAGGGAGCGAAGAAAGGCAGCCCCAGACAGCAAGGUCACAAGUGGCGCCGAGAACGACUAGCGGCAGGAGCAGUGUCUUUGCGGCGGCUGCGGGCUCCAGCAAGGAGGGGAGUGCAGCGUCUGCUGUUCAGUCUGUCACGGAUGGGACAUUUGCCCUGUCGGACUUCCUGGUCGUCAAGACCAAGAAAGGUCAGCCAGCUGACAACAAGUACAUGCAGUACUGACACCCACAUGACUGAACAAAUGAAUCGAUGAAUGGAUGGAUGGAUGGACCGGCGUGUUGUUACCCUUGGUUGUUUGUGGCAUGCAGGGAAGGAGAAGCCGAAGGAGGGCCCGUCUGCCCUGCUGGCGUCUGCCAUCGGAGAGGUCAAGUCGGGCGAGUCCUCUCCCGCAUCCGCACAAGUCAUCAAGAAGACGGCAUGGGGCACUCCCGCCGUCGUCCCGCCCCCUCCUCCACACCCGGCAGCCUCUCCAUCGCCACCCUCGCCCCCGUCAGCCAAGGCCAAGGCCCCUUCCGAUGACUCACUGGCUCAUCCCACUGACCCGCCGCCAACGCCAUCAGACGAGCAGCCGAGCGUUGCACCAGCGAGCGCGAGAAGCAGGGGCAGCAAGGUGGUGCCGUCAGUGAGUCUAUCCGAGAUCAUGAUGGAGCAGGAAGAGCAGCAGCAGCAGAUGCAGCAGAGGAUGGGCAAUCGGACUGGCGCGGCGUCUGCCUGGGGGUCCCAUCAGUCGAGUGCAGGCGCCCACGUGCCGCAUCGACCGCCGGCGCAUUCUGAGACGGCCAACAAGUGGGGGAAGGACCAGCUGGAGAAGAUCACGGGCCAGCUCAAGACCGGCCCAGGACUGCAGGAAAUCCAGGCAAGAACGAGAGAGACAAACACGAACGCUCCCUCAAUCGCAUACAAUGCAUACAUCAUGUUUUUUCUUUCUUCUGGUUUCAAUCUGUCUGUCUGUCUGUCUUGAUCCACCCACCAGGCGCAGCAGCAGGCUGACCGUGACAUCCAGUUGUCCAUCCAGCUGGCAGAAGAGCUGGCGAAAUCGAAUGAACCCCCACCAGCAGCCCCUCCACCCCCCGACUACAGCCACAAUCGCGGCAGCCGCCCCAGACGCGACCGAGGCCGAGGUAGAGGCUCCCAUACCGCCGCUGACGAGCACCCACCACCUCCAGCUGCAGCUGCAGCAGCAGCGGCAGCGGCAGCGGCGACGGGUGAGUCCCGCCAUCGAGCGGGGAGGCGAUCGUCACAUGAGUUGGGGAGCGGCCUAGGUGACCACAUGUCGAGAGGCGGCGGGUCGGGUGGGCGGCGGAGAGGCUCAAGGGACGAGAGUGCCCCGGCAGAUAACAGCCACCCACACGUCCAGCCACACCACGGCGAUCACGACAAUGAGAGGGGCCGUGGCGUUGGCGGUCGGCGGGGGAGGGGGACGGUAAGGAAGGUCUACCGGCCUAAGGCCACCAAGAACGGCGAGUGGGAGCCAAGCGGCAGCAGAGGGGACGCUGCAGCAUCAGCUUCAGCAUCACCGGCAGCAGAGGGCUUCUGGGGUGAGGACGAGGAGGGUGCUGGAGCUGAGUAGGGUGGCGGUGUGUGUGUGGUAGAGGGGUGGAUGUAGACAUGUAGACUGACACGUGGAGUGGUGUCUGUGGUUCCAUUUGAUUAGUGGGUGGGUCAGUGGGUGGCCGGAUAAUAUGAGGAAGGAAUUGACUAAGGAUGGAUGGAUGGAU